UUCCGCAGGCGACCCAAGCGACGUGAGUUCUCUCGCGUGCUACACUACAUAAGACUGAGCCGCGCCUCUCGCAACAUCAUUAGCACUCAGGCUCUCUUCUAGCACGGCAGGUUCCACGUGCAGCGCGACCAUGGCUACAGCAGCAAGCAACGCAAUGUACACCCAAGUCUUCAAGAAAAAGUUGGCGGACGUGUUCCGCGUGGGGGCGGGAGGCGGCCUCUGUUUCUGUGGCAUCAACAUGUACUUCAAGAACGACAAGUUCUACGACGACUGGGUCAUGCCGCUCUUCAGCCGCAUGGAGCCCGAGACGGCCUACGCGGUGGCGCAGCAGGCGGCCAAGUACAACCUCGUGUCCAAGUCCAAGCUGCAGGAGUCGAGGCUACUGGUGAGUAAACAACCCUCCGCCUCCAGUAAGGUAGACUUCGAAGACCCCCUCCACGAGGAGGACGAGGCCAGCAAAGACUUGGAACCCCUUGGAGACUUCCGGGGCUCGAGGGAGGACCUCAUACAUCGGGAAUACAGGCUCUCGGAGGACUUGGCGCCAGGCUGUGACUCGGGGUGCCACUCCAGGUCGUGUGACUCGGACUUCGAGCCCGACGACUCGUGUCCCGGACUCUACCUGGAUGACCCAAGCGGACUGACCCACGAGCUGCUUUCGGAGGACCUGGACUCGUACUGCCCCACCUCCAAACCUCCGUGCGUGGACUGCGGCUCCUACCACGCGGACUUCAAGUGUGGAGAGGGCAAGUCCUUCGUCAGCACGAGAAAGGCCUACCUGAGCGAACUUAGCCACUACAAGAACGACCUGCGGGCCUGCGAGUCUCCGAAGAGCGAGCGCAGCUGCGUGACGCCCGACUCGCCCUCGCUGAGCAUGCGCGUCAAUAUCGCGUCGCCGCUGAGGAGCAGCAAGAUGUCGCUGGCCACGGUGGUGGACGGCAGCAACCCCGCCUACGACCGCGACCACGUGGAGGAGAUGGUGGAUGGCGUGGACCGGAUGGAGCUGGAGUGCACGUGUCAGGUCGAGGAAUGCAUAGUGAGCUGUAAGCAUGACGACGGAAGCAGGACGGACAUCGUGCACAUCACGGAGAGCGUGGAAGGCGGGUGCCGGUGCGAGGGCCACCUGGCGGCCGUCGGGGAGCCGGACGACGAAGGCACAUCGGCCGCGGUCUAGCUGCCGAAGCGCCCGGCCUCCUCGAUAUGCAAACUCACAUAUCAGAUUUUCUCCCUCAAUGGAUUUACCACUUUUGUAAAAAAAAGAAAAAAAGAAAAAAAAAGACAAGUUACAUUCCCGAACCGUAAUCAUCGUUGGCUUUAUAUGGAUGAAAUAUCCUUUGGAAGGACAUAAUGCUUAUUUUUUAUAUCUGCUCUAUGCAAGUGUUGCUUCCUCCACUGACACUGCAAGCUGCAAGAGUUGUUGCCUACGGAAAGACCACUGCAAUGUUGCAAGAGUUUAUGACUUAUAUUCUGUUCAAUAUUUUUUGUUUUGCAAUAUUUGAAUUUAGUUAAAUAUGCAUGCUUAUAUAUUUAUUUUGCCUAUUUGUUAUAUUAUGAUUUCAUUUUCAUUUACCCCUUCCCCCGAGAUCUUAAUUUUGCACAGUAUUUGUUUUUCUUUAAGUCCGUCACACUUUACGAUUCCAUACCUGUUACUGAGACAAACCUUCUUUUCCUUUUGUUCGGUUGGCAGACUCCUCCUCCGAAGUGCGCCUCGUGCUCUCCGCCAGCAGUCGUCGGCGAUGUACUGAGGCAGUCGAGAUGAUGGGCUCCACGUCACUGUCCCACGCGCCUCGUCUUGCUCACUGGCUUCCUCUUCGUCCAUCUAUUUAUCUAUUUUUUUUUUAAUUUUUUUUUUUUUAGAUAUAGUCCAUGAUUUAUUUUAUAUAUUUUUCGAGAAGCUUAGUUCUUACAUUAUUUAGUUGUAUGUGUUUUCGUCUGCGCAUGGUUUAGUUCCACUUUAUAUCCUUAUAUCAUUUUCCGACUUUGUAUUUCAAACUUGGAACUCUCUGGACCGGCGUUCAACCAAAGCACAGAACUGCAACUUCGUCAAACGAAGUACAAGAACCCAAGAAGACAGUAAGAAAGAACAAAGAGUUGACGCCAAUUCAGGAGUUCUAAGACGAGUGAUGGGACACUGAAUGGUGACCCUGCCUAGCUGUGAUAGAACUGUAGUCUUGGUUGAAAAAAGUAUCUUGGUAACAGAUACUAACAGAGGUGACUGUGUUAUGCUUUGAUAAGCUCCCAGGGCCCAGCAAAGUGCCUGAUUACCAAUUUUCCUGUGAGGUGGAAUGAAACAGAAUAGCAAGCUUUAAGGUGUUUUAGGUUGUGGACUCAGGAACGUGCAAGGAGAAGGAGAAAACUCAUGGGACUUCAGUUACUGAACCUGAAAAGGAAACUAAGCCAAUAUUCAAGCAGUAUCUUGGUCUCGAAUCAUUAGAUUGAACUAGUAAUAGCAAAGGUUCUUAACAGUGAUAAAAAGGUGUGACAACGUUAACAAGUCACACUAAACCAUGAGUCAGUAUUUCCAUGAGAGGAAGAGGCAUGUAUCUACAAACUGGAUUAGUUCUGUGAGAAAAGUCAUGGCUGUUAUAAAGGUUUCUGCCAAAUGUAGAUUUUGUUUUCGGUUACUUUCAUUUAUAAAGUAUAAUCUACAUAUUAAAUAUCUUAUAUGUUAUAUAUGUAUAGGAUAUUGUUAGACUGUGUAAAUUUGAGAGGCUGCUAAUUUCGUAAAGUGGACAUACCAUUGUUGCUUUGGUUUCUGCUGUUUUGAAUGAUCAGAACAUUUUCAGUAGCAUAUAAUCUGCAAAAUGCAUUGUAUUCUAUGCUGAUCAUUACCAAUGCAUUGAUGAAGCAUUCAGAGAAUUGCAGAAUCACGACACGCUAAUUCACCUUCGUGUUAUUACUCUUUCUGCACCUUAUUAUGUCAGUAUUUUAUUGCAAAUAUUCAAUUUUCAAGCCGUGUGACCCUCUGUGGAUCACGGAAUCAGAUUCAUCGCAGUAAGAUUUCAUUCACAACAGUCUAUGUACAAUGUGAUCGUAAGGGUUUCCUUUCCUCCGGUGGCUUGCUGGUCGUUUGUCGUCCGGCUAACCUGAGGCUAAGACUCCAGAACUGUUACAAAGGUAAACAACAUCCCUCCUCCAUGACAUAUCGGGUGCCAAUCGUCUGUGCUCACCGAGUGUGCGGUUCAUCGAUUACACAGAAACUUUUGUAACAACGUUUAACACUCUUCAUGUCAAAGUGUAAGAUGCUAAUAUUCUAUCAGUAUUACUUUAUUAGGAUGUGCGUAGUAGUGUUUUGAGGGUGUAGUGCCACGUGCGGGCGUGAAUGAAUUAAUAUCUCAUUUCAUUUCAUUGAACUUGCUUGCAGCUGCACUCCACGCCGAAGUGUAAACGAGUGUUCAGAUUACCAGUUGAUUUCAAUGAUUGGUUUCCUUUAGAUAACAUUUCCAAUUUAAUUUGUGACUGAAGAAUAUGGUUAAUAACAUACUACAAAUUCUUUAAUGAAAAGUUCGAUUUUCCUUGGAAAUGUUACAGAAUACGAUUUGGAAUGAUAUAGCAAUGCAGUUCAGCCUACGGCCUACACAAGCGAGCAAUUCUGCAGUUAGAGAAUAAUUAUGUGUUACUGCGUUCAAGCUGCCAUUUCUAGCGGAAGAAUAAACCAGAUAGCCAAACUGGAAGUAAAUGCUGCAACACGGUCAUUGGAGUCGAGCAGGAACUGGUUUUUUAAUUAGUUCUCAAAAGACGCAGUUGGAGCAUACAUAGAGCCAUAGCCAUGCAGUCGUUGGAGCGUUGUCCCGGCUCGUUUCCUCCCUCACAAUGUGCUUAACCUUGCGGCACGUUGAUGAAGGGAUGUUUUCUCUUAUUUUCCUUUGAUUUCGUGGGAUUUUUUUUUUUUUUUUUUUUAAAUCUCUUCGUAUUCCAAGUUCCUUGGUGAAGCUUUAAUUUCUUUCUUUUGGCGAGAUAUCUCAAUAUUCUAAUGUUUUGUUAUGGAUUCCUAGUCAGCAUGUCAGGAAAUGUUUACUUCACACUCUUUGUGAAGCGUUAAUUUAUUUCUUUUGGCAGAUUUUAUUACCUUUUUUCUUUAGCAUCGAUCGUCAUUUCUUUGAAUUGUGGGACAUGGGACUGCUAUAUAGGCAUGGCUUUGUAUGCACACUUGGUUGUUUUAUCGUAAAUUAUCUGUACUAGCUCCUAAAAUCUUAAGAGAAGGUAGAUUUUCUGUAGUUGUAUUGGUAGCUAAACUUAGCUUGACGUUCGAUUAAGCUUUUUUUCCAAAGGACUUUAAAAUCAACUAAUUUAAUUGCGAUCAACUAUGCAGACUAAUUUGAUGAUUGUGAAUGAAGUCAUCCCGAAAUUACCGUUUUUUGCGAAAGAUGUCAAAGUUAAUGUUGCCAACUGUUUGCUAGUACGAAGCAAGCUGAAAAUGAGAAGAGCGAAUUUAUGAACUGAAUUUAACUUUCAAAUCUUCCUUAUUAACCAUAAGAGCUUUUGUAUGACAAGUGCAGAAAAGUGACAAAAUGCAUUAUUGGCAUAUUAUUCAUCAGUUUUACAUAAAAAACUAUAUUCAAAUAAAAGUAACCUAGUUAGGCCUAUAGCGACCUUGCGGUUGAGGUUUCUACAGCGACGGAGAGCAAGCGGUCCUUCAGCACUGCUAUAGCUAGGCUAAAGUAUUUUCGCCUCAUACAGUACGGCUACUGCUAUUGCUACGCUAGCCUUACCCAGCGGCCAAAGCACGGUCCAGCGAGAAGAGCAUGAAGGCACUUUAUAGCUGCUUGCAAAUAGGUUCCGCCCUACAAUACCGGACCAAUUUCAUUUGACUCGGUUGUUUAUAUAUUUUCUCAUAGAGUACCAGAGAAGAGCGAGUUCUUUAUAUACAUAUAUAUAUACAUAAUUAUAGAUGCGUAUUCAAAAAAGUCCACCGGAUAUGUUCUAAAUACUAUUUAUCAUGUAUGAAUCAUUUUUAUAUAAGAAAUUAAAUUUAUCUAUGGAUAAUUUUUAUUCUCUAAAGCAAGCAUGUUCCAUUAUGGUGAGACUCAGAGCAUGUUUGUAAAUCUAAUGAAUUUCUUUGCACAUACAAAAUGUCUAUUGGCAGAACAGCCUUCAAAAGGCACCUCAGAUCAAGCCAAAAGGUAAUAAUUUCCAGCUUAUUACAGCAAAGGAUAAGAAAAUCAGCAUUAAGAGUUAAUGACAGUUGCCAUUAUCUGUGAACCAAAUUGCCUAAAAAUCAGAAAAUAUCAGAUUUUAUCAUUUACCGCAAGCAAUAAGCGACUCUGGGCGCUACAUCUGAAACACGAGUGGUACAACCACUGUCACUUAUUUGUAUAUAUAUCAGAGUACAUAGAUCAUGGUGUAUUACUUCACAUUUUUUUAUAUUUUGACGGCAGAAAUGUAGCAAUCUGGAUUAGUAUGCUGCGGUGAUGUUACAGAUUUUAUAAUAAAACUGUACUUUCG